AUGUUGAAGUUUCGACUUCAUGACGCGGAACCCGCCUCGGCGCCAUCAAAGCCACGCAUUGAAGCCGUCCUCCUCCGCGUGGGCGGCGUUGUCAUCCGCUGCCACAGGGACAACCAGCGGGGGGUCCUCCACCUGCCUCUCGAGGCCGUCGGGGAUAUUGGCUCUGUGAGCCUGGCGCCUCCCCUGCCCAUGGCCUCCUACGGCCCCCUGCGCUGGCGCGUGACGCGCAAGAGCCGAGCUCCGGCGUUGUAUGGAGCAGCGACUGAGACGGCAGAAGUUGAACAUGGCGGGACACGGGCGGCGAUAGACAGGGCCCUGAAGAGCCUUUCGCAGAUCUCACUCACCGUCCUGUUGCCGAGUGGGCAGGGCCACAGCAUUUCCAUUGCCAAGGAUUCGACGCUCAGUGACCUGAAGGUCGCUGUGCAAGAGGCCUUGGGGCGAGGCUUUUUGAGGCUGGUCACUGCAGAUGGACAUUUUCUAGAUCCCAAAUCGAACCUCCCGCUUCACAUGGCUGGGAUUCACAAUGGAGACUCUGUCACGGCGAUUGCCCAGUCACCUGGCAUCACGGCCACCAAAGCUGCUUUUGCACUUUGGUGUUGCAAUAGUGGCGUGGUAACUUGGGGCGACACCGAGUGGGGCGCAGACAGCAGAACGGUCCAAGAUCAGCUGCGGAAUGUGCAGCAAAUCAGCUCCACCGAUGAAGCGUUUGCCGCCCUCUGCACCGACGGGAGCGUCGUGACCUGGGGAGAUCCUGAGCUGGGCGGUGACAGCAGCGAGGUCUCAACUCUUCGACGUUAA